CAGUUUGCAUUUCAUAAUGUUUUCUAGUUCUUUGACCACAAAUUCCUCCCUUUUCUACAGAUCUGACAGGUAGACAAUCUCUUGGUCUACUAACUUGCUUAUAGUAUCACCCUUAAUGCAAGACUUUCUUUUUAAAGCUGGUUACUGUAUACUUUUGAAGAGACCUUUGUUGAAAACAUUCUCUGACUCAGAAUCUAUUUUAAUUUCAUACAAGCAGUCCUCAAACUUUUCUCGAUCUCACUUUGUCCCCAUGAAACUUAAUAGCCCUGUUGGACAGGUAUUGGGGUGGUCCAUAUGGGGUCAUUGAAUAUAUGGCUCAGGAAUGAGAUAGGGGAGGAUGAUUCCAGCAAUUGUCAAAGUCCCAUUUGAUUUCUGGGUCUUCAGUGACUCUUCUCCCAUUCUUGUUUUUAUUCUCAUAUUCCUUCUUCUCUCUGGGGAAGAGUCAAGCCCAUUGUAUUGUUUUUGUUUUGUAACAACUGGCUAUCACAGGAAUAGUUCAACAGGCUUGUAUGUUUGUGCCCAGUAGCAUAAACCCACAGCAUGCUUUGCUGGUCUUUGGGAACAGCAUCAUAGAAGUCCAUGAUAUGGGGGUGUUUCAUCCUGAAAAUUGUCCAGUCAAUUGACUAUCCCUUCUAUACAAUAAAAGAUGAAUCUCCCUGCUCUUUCUCCAAUCCUAGCACCCCACAAACAUACUCACAAAAUCCACCCUCCCACGACACACAAGCACACACAUAUUUUCAAGUGAAUAGUUUAACUUGAAUGUUCCUCUUCAUCUUCUUUCAAUUCGGAAGCACCUGCCUAACUUCCCCUUUUAAGGACUAUUUGAUUUCAGUAACACACGCAUUGGGAAGCUUUCUCUCUACUCCUAGUUAAGAACUCUGCAUGUGACUGUUCAUUGCACCCGGGAAAUGCAACAGGGAGUGAUAUCCUCUGAGACUUUUCCAACAAGUCCUGUUGACCAAGUCUUUCUUAGGCUCAAGGAUCCUAUUAGAAAUCAGACCCCAGAAUCUCUUUCUGAAACCCUAGGUAAAAUGUGGUUUGUGAUGAGUUAGAAGGGUAUCUUCCAAUUAGGAUGGAUCUCAAUUGCUUUGCUUGUUCUCCUGAUGUUUCUUGCAGGGACUCCUUGAGAUUAGGAAAAAAAAAUUGCUCCGAGGAAUUCAUUAGUUCUAGAUCCAGAAUGCUAUGGGGUCCUAGAUAUAGAAUCUGUAUUUCUUCAGUUACAGUGGAACUUCAUCUCCAGUUAUGGAUUCAGUUAGUCAUCCAUCCAUCUAUCCAUUCCUUCAUUCAGUAAACAUCUAUUAAGCACUCCUUCCCCCUUUCAUCUAGUUGGGUGUGCCAUUAUCACAAGAUAACAGAAACAACCAGUCCGUGAGAUUUCAAGCUCUCUGCUGGAUCUGUGGCUCCAUUUAGCCUGGCAUAGUGGGAAGCAGCAUGGAUAGACAUCAAGAAGCCCAAGUCAAAUCUUGUCUUUGAUUCAAGCUGUCCAUGGGAGCCUCACAAGUCCCUCAAUGAUCCAGAUUUUCCUUUCUGAGUACCAGAUGAUGAAGACUCCUUGCCACAUAGAAAGAAUUUACAAUCCCACAUAUAGAAAAGAAGGAGACCUAAUCAUUGCCGGAUUCUUCUCGCUUUUUGUGAAGGUACAGAUUUAUAUGGAAAAAAGAUUCUUCCAAGAGUCUCCCUUCUGGACUUUUGCAGAACCAAAAUUAAUGUUCAAACAAUAUCACCAUUUCCUUGCUCUCCAAUAUGCUGUGGAUGAGAUCAAUAAGAACCCUUAUUUGCUGCCCAAUAUAACCUUGGGAUACCAGUUACUCAAUAACUUCCAUCUGGAGAAAUUAGCUGUGGAGAGCGCCUUAAUAUGGCUGUCAGGGAGAGGUCCAGUUAUCCCCAACUAUAGCUGUGAUAGACAAUCCAAUACUGUGGCUGUCAUUGGAGGGAUGUCUACUAUGCUGUCCAUGGCCAUGGCCACCAUUCUCGAACUGUAUAAAGUUCCACAGAUUACCUAUGGCCAAUUUGAUCCUCGCUUGAAGGAUAAGGUUCAGUAUCCAUAUGUCUAUCAGCUGGGCAGCAAGGAAUCUACUCUUCACCUGGCAUUCAUCCAAUUGAUGCUGCAUUUUGAGUGGACUUGGGUGGGACUGCUCCUUUCAGAUAACACAAGAGGGGAAAUGUUCUUCAAUGAUCUGAAAGAAGAGAUGGCCAAUAAUGGGCUCUGUGUGGCUAUUAAGGAAAGAGUGCCUCAACGUAUUGGAAUAAAAGAAGGUUUUCAGCUCGUUUCUAGGGUCAUUGCAUCAUCAUCAAAUGUAAUUUUCAUCUAUGGAGUUGCUGAUUCCCUUCAAGAACUUUCUUUGCUAUUGUUAACUUUUAUACCUUAUGGAAAGUUAUUGGUUACCACGAGUUCUUGGGAUUUUUCUAUUGAUACUAAGUUUGAACUGUUUCCCAUUUUUCAUGGUACAAUACUAUUUUCUCAUAUUCAAAAGGAGAUUCCAGGUUUCACAGAUUUUGUAAGAAACAUGAAUCCAGUCAUGAAUCCUGAGGACAUUUUCCUAAAAGCUUUCUGGGAAGCAGUCUUCAAUUGUAGAUUUUCAGAUAAAAAAGGUGCAGAAAUGUUCUAUCCUUUGUGCCCAGGAGAUUUUUCCUUUAGAGAUAUUCCUGUUAUGAAAAUUGACAUGGUCCUUAUGGAACUGAUUACUAAUAUUUACAAUGCAGUGUAUUUAGUUGCCCAUGCUCUCCACCAAAUGCUCCCUUUUGAGGCAAAAGAGGCAUCAGACCUGGCAAGAAACUCAAAUCUUUCUUGGAAGCUCCACCACUUUCUGAAGUGUAUCAAUUCUGUCACUAAUGCCAGUGAUGAGUCAUGUUGGAAUGGAACCAAGCCAGUUGCUGAGGCUUAUGAUAUCCUAAAUUAUAAAUCCUUCCAUGGUCAGGUAGAGACGCUGGUCAAAGUGGGUGAAGUGUAUCCUCUUGCUCAGAGAUUCACCAUUAAAGAAGAAGACAUAGAUUGGCCAGAAGAUUUCCAUCAGACUCCAUCUUCCAUGUGCAGUGUGAAAUGUGGUCCUGGAUUCAAGAAAACAUCUCUUGAAAACCAACCCAUCUGCUGCUUUGCUUGUACCCCGUGUUCUGAAGGGAAGAUUUCCAACCAGACUGAUGCAGAAGAAUGCCUGCAGUGCCCUGAAGAUCAAUAUCCCAAUAAGGAGAGAGAUCACUGCCUGCCCAGGACUGUGAUCUUCCUGGCCUAUGAGGAACCUCUGGGAAUGACCCUGGCCUGUGCAGCCAUCUGCUUUUCCCUCCUCACUGUACUGGUCCUGGGGAUCUUUCUGAAGCACAGGGACACCCCCAUAGUCAAAGCCAAUAACCGCAGUCUCAGCUACACUCUGCUGGUCUCCCUCAGCCUCUGCUUCCUUUGCUCCUUGCUCUUCAUAGGCCAUCCUACCACAGGCACCUGCCUGCUGCGCCAAACCACAUUUGCAGUUGUCUUCACAGUGGCCGUUUCCUCCAUUUUGGCUAAAACCAUCACUGUGGUUCUGGCCUUCAGGGCCACCAAACCAGGGAGCAGGCUCCGGAGCUGGCUGGGAUCCACAGCAUCUUACUCUCUAAUUUUCGCCUGCAGCCUCAUCCAAAUGUGUCUCUGUGUCAUUUGGCUUGGGACAUCGUCCCCGUUCCUAGAGAAGGACAUCCACUCUGAGCCUGGCUCCAUUAUCAUCCAGUGCAAUGAGGGUUCCCUCCUCAUCUUCUACUGUGUCCUGGGCUACAUGGCCUUGCUGGCCUUGGCAAGCUUCACCGUGGCUUUCCUGGCCAGGGACCUGCCAGACACUUUCAAUGAAGCCAAGUUCCUGACCUUCAGCAUGCUUGUGUUCUGCAGCGUCUGGAUCUCUUUCCUGCCCUCGUACCAGAGCUCCAAAGGCAAGGCCAUUGUGGCCUUGGAAGUCUUUGCCAUCUUGACCUCCAGUGCCGGCAUUCUCAUUUGCAUCUUUGCUCCCAAGUGCUUUGUGAUCCUUCUAAGAUCGGAACAAAAUACUCUGGGGAUUCUUAAAAAGAAAGUUACUUCCUGAGAAGCCAGGUCUUCUCAAGCUCAUUAGUCACAGUCAAGGAAU